UCUCUGAAAUGGGAAUACAGUUUUCUAUUUUUGACACUUUAUCUCUCAUCACCAGUGAAACGGGCUGCCAGUAUUGAACAACUUGCUCCAGACAGCAAGGGCAUCACUGAUAAAUUACUGAACUUCAUCAAAAGACGGCCGCUGAAGGAGACGCUGGAAAAGAAAGGGAUUUAUAAAGAGGCUGUUUUUGGUAGCACAUUAUCAGAGUUGCACCUACAAGACAAGACCGCGAUACCAAUAUUUGUCCUCCAGUGUAUCAAUCACAUAGAAAAGUCUGUUGAGAAUCUCCGUACUGAUGGCCUGUAUAGGAUAUCUGGUAACGCUGCUCAGAUCCAGAAAAUUCGAUACGAGGUAGCGCAAAGGAACUAUACCAUCUUGAGCAGGGAGAAGGAAGUACACAACCUGUCGGGGGCUCUCAAACUCUUCUUCAGGGAGCUCAAGGAACCCCUCAUUCCCUUUGCCAAUUACCAGGACUUCAUUCAAGCAACAGGCUCUGAGUACCGGAAAAAGAACCAACAGGUUGAAAAGUUAACGAAAGCAGUGCGGCAGCUUCCUGUGGAAAACUACGAUACCAUGAGAGUCUUGUUGCAGCAUUUGUUAAGAGUUAGCGAAUACGAGAGUGAGAAUCGGAUGAGUAUAUCAAACUUGGCCAUCGUGUUCGGUCCGUGCCUGCUCUGGCCGAAAAUCACCAAUGCCCAAGACCUCAUGACAGAUGUGAUGCUUCAUAAUCGCGUUAUCGAAGGACUUUUAUUAGAUUACCAAAAGAUAUUUUCUUCCAAAAGAUGAGAAAUGAAGUGGAGAAGCCGUGAAUCACUGUCAGGUGCUAUUUUCUCUCCAUUGUUUUCUGCUCUUGCCCUCCGAGUCCUUAGCUUCGGACUGGAAUUACUGAAUUAUCGCAGUUUGCUCCGAAAUCAGAAUACAUGCAUUUGUAUCCACACACUAAAAGGAUCCGUUAAAAAAGACAAAAAUGUACUCUUUAUGAUAUGCUUAGUCUGCUUUCUUUUAUAUACAUAUAUAUAUAUUGUACAUAAAGUCACUGUAAUUGUAAAUGUCCUGCUAUGGACAUCACCCCCUUCGUCCGCGCUUGGAUACGGGACCAACUUUGGCUUUGUUUUUGGAUCCCUGUCUGAGGUAGUCACUUUGGGACCAUUUAUUUGAAUACUGAAUUCAUAAUCUUUGUAUGUACAUUUUCAUCUUAUUACACUGGUUACCACUUUAUGUAUAUGAUACCCAUGCUGUAUAUUUUGAAAGAUUAGUUCUCUCUUU